UUCGCAAAAGAAACAAUCCGAGCGUCAUAUUCAGUCUCUGUGGUUUUGUGCUAAAUCGCCGCUGACGUCACUCGAAAGACGAUAUUCGGAUGACGUUGCAGACCUGUCCGGGGACAGUGACGUAUCUCUCGCGCGUUGCUGCAGCUGAAGGGAGCGCGGAGCAGGAGAACGCUCGGCACCGCAUCGGAUCGUUUCACGGAUCAUGACGCGCGCUUCGCUAUCGUGAUCGUUGUCAAGCUCGAAGGAUCUGAUGGAGGGAGCCGCGGCAAGCUCGUCCGCGCUGUCGGAGGACUCGGACUCGGUGCUCGGCGCUGGCUUCGGCUCCGAGGCUGCAGAUCUCGACGAUGGUUUAAAGAAGACCUACAUAACAGAGAUGCCGUCAUCAUCCUCCCAUCUCGGUUCUGGUCCAGAGAAGAAGAUUGGUCACAGGAGAGUAGAUGCGACCGGUGAGACCACUUACAAAAAGACGACCUCGUCUGCUCUGAAAGGAGCCAUUCAGCUCGGCAUUGGCUACACCGUGGGAAACCUGAGCUCCAAACCUGAGAGAGAUGUUCUCAUGCAGGAUUUCUACGUGGUGGAGAGCAUUUUCUUCCCGAGUGAGGGCAGUAAUCUAACCCCAGCGCAUCACUAUCCAGACUUCAGAUUUAAGACGUAUGCUCCGGUGGCAUUCCGAUACUUCAGAGAACUCUUCGGGAUUCGACCGGAUGACUAUCUGUAUUCUCUGUGUAAUGAACCUCUGAUCGAGCUUUCAAACCCUGGUGCCAGCGGCUCUAUUUUUUACGUCACACGGGACGAUGAGUUUAUCCUGAAAACCGUCAUGCAUAAAGAAGCUGAAUUUCUGCAGAAACUGCUGCCUGGAUACUACAUGAACCUGAACCAGAAUCCUCGCACCCUGCUGCCUAAAUUCUUUGGUUUGUACUGCGUUCAGUCGGGCGGGAAGAACAUUCGUAUAGUGGUGAUGAACAAUGUUCUGCCUCGUGUCUUCCGCAUGCACCUUAAGUUUGAUCUAAAGGGCUCCACACACAAGCGGCGAGCUUCUAAGAAAGAACGCGAAAAAUCCAAACCCACAUUCAAAGAUCUUGACUUCAUGCAGGAGGUUCAGGACGGUCUUCUGCUGGACGUGGACACGUGUAACGCCCUGGUGAAAACACUACAGAGAGACUGUCUGGUUUUGGAGAGUUUUAAGAUCAUGGAUUACAGUUUGCUGUUGGGGGUUCAUAAUCUGGACCAGGCGGAUCAUGAGCGGCAGGUUGAGGGAUCGCAGAGCAGCGGUGAUGAGAAGCGACCCGUCGCUCAGCGAGCACUUUACUCCACAGCUAUGGAGUCUAUACUUGGAGCAGCUGCGUGCGGAGACUCCAUAGACACCGAUGACACAAUGGGUGGCAUUCCUGCUGUGAGUGGUAAAGGAGAGAGACUUCUGCUUUUCAUUGGCAUAAUUGACAUCCUACAGUCCUACAGAUUGAUCAAGAAGUUUGAGCACACAUGGAAAGCUCUGGUUCAUGAUGGGGACACGGUUUCUGUUCACCGGCCGAACUUCUAUGCUGAUCGUUUCUUUAGAUUCAUGAGCAGCACUGUGUUUAAGAAGAGCACAUCACUGAAAGCAUCUCCUGCUAAGAAGGGCCGCACGGCACUGACGGUGCCCAAAUUCAGCAGUCCAGGUCCGGCCUGGUCUGCCAGUCAGCUGCCGUCAGAGAGAGAUGAGAACACGUAUGAUCUGAGAGGAGCUCGAAGCUUUCCUGUGCUGGAAAACGAUGGUCUACCGUCUUGCACCCCUGCAUCAUUUGAAGAAGCGACCACAGUGUCUGUAGCCACCACACUGUCCUCUAACAACUCUAUAUCUAUACCUGAGCGCUCUCCAUCAGACACCACAGAGCACCCCCGCUACAGGAGGCACACAAUGUCUUCUGUGAAAGACACUGAGGGAAGGACACAGGAGGUAGUUGAUGUUCAUGAGGAGGAUCAACAGACCAUCACUGUACAGGUGGAGGUGAAGAUAGAGAGAGACAUCGAGGAACCGGAGGACGAAUCUUCAGAAACCAAAGUGGAUGUCCUGACUACAGCACCAGAGACUGAUGUUACUGACAAUCUCCGACCAGAAACAACUCCUCCAACACACAAACCAUCAGCAUCAGUCACCCAGACAACACUUCCUGAGGACGCAUCAACCCGAUCGACAGCUCCCGUCAACAUGACUGCACCUCAGGAUCAGACGUCAGUGCAGUCCUGCACCCGUCCAGACCGGACGGCACAGAUCUCACAGUCUCACAGCUGUGAAUCACUGGAGGAGGAACUCGUACACUCAUCUGACAUCUGCUUCUAAGCCUGAUGUACGGUAGGACAGCUGAAGUCUAUUGCGGUGAUGUGAUGUGUCCUCUCAGACGGAUGUGGUUAUGAUGAUCGCUGUGUCCAGGAUGAAUUCUUCUCUUCUGAGAGUGAUGGAGAGAAACAAAAGACACUUCUGGAAAAAAAAGAAAACUCCUUGUUUGGGUUUCACCUCUCAUCUUUACCCUUCACAUCUCCAGUAUGUGUGUUUUCAUGUGUCAGAUCAUCUUAGACUCGAUCUCAUGAGUUAAACCGGCUGUCCACACGUGUGCGGAUAACCCAUAAUGCACUGCGACCAGACUUGCGUGUAUUCAGUCUGUAGUGUUGAAACCUGUGCGUCUGAGCAGAUCAUACGUCAUUGCAUGUGCAGUAAUGACAUGACGUAUUUUUAUGUUGUAAGAUGUUUAAAGCAGAAUGCAUUUCGUAAAUUCGGGUUCGUGUGAUAGAAAAAUCUAAGAAACCAUCCCUUCAUGUGUGAAAUAACAUAUCAAGACAUUAUCAAACCUGCUGAAAUGAAUAUUCCGGCACAUCUAAAUAACAUUUGAGGCUGAAUGGAUGUAUAAAUGAGUGAAUCAUGUUGUGGUGUGUUUUUCUAUUAGUCAUUAAAUAAUUUCUGCAUUUUGUAAAUAUCUUUUAAUUCAUGAGGAUUGCUGGACUGAAAUUGGUUUUAUUGGGGUCAGUGGUGAAAUGAUGACUGAUAUAUGCAUAUAAAGCUAAUAUAUAAAUAUAUAUACAAUAAAUAUAUAACAGGAAACGUUACACUUUAAAUUAAUACUGUUUAAAAUCUUUUAGUCUGUUGUUAAGCUUUGAAACACUUUUAAUAACUUGGGUUCAUCAUCAAAUGAAUCGACCUGACUGAAUGGAUCGACCUGACUUUUGAGUUCAUAUGUCUGAAAACAUAUAAAAUUCGUACAAAAUUGUGUGUUUUUAAAUUCUAUAUAAAAUGUACUUUUUAAACACGUUGCUGGUUUUUAUUGUGCAUGAAUAAUCAUUGCAAAUUAUUCCAGCAAACAAAAUAACUUGCUCAGUUUAGUCGUUCUUUUGGGCAUUUUAAGUAAUGCAAUCAUCUUUUACUUUAUCAUAGUAAAAGUGCAAUAACCGUGGUUAUUUUAGACAUAUUUAUUACCAUUUGUAAUUAAUACCACAGUUUAACAAAAAAUGGUUACACUAUGAUUACUGUAGUAAAAUAAGGGUUUAUUUGCGGUUACAGUGAUUUAACUAUAGUAAACGAGUUUUUUUAAUAAGGGGUUUUAAAAUCUUGCCAAGAGUUAAUGCAGUAGUUUGUUGCCAAACUGUAACGUUUAACUUUAAUGCAAUAAACUACAAGGCAAUAAUAGCAAAUCAUUUAAAAUAAAUCAAUACAUGGACAGGAGCUUGACCAUCAACGAUUCACUGCAAGCACACUCUUUUUCUUGACCAAAGUCCCGUCCUGGUUUUUUGUCUCGUUAAAUAUUCUGAUUCGUUCACAUAAUGAAGUGAGAUUAUAAAUGCUUUAAUUUCUGAAAUCUGUGUUUUACUUAAUCGUGACAGGCUGACGUGGUUUACUGUAAAAUACUCUGAACAUUCCAUCUCUCGUCUAAACACAGAGCGGCACUUUAAAACCUUUCCAUUUGACUUUAAGUUGUUUUCAAUUUGAGGAAAGUUGCUGAUAUACUUUUUCUUUUAAUAAAAUGUUUUAUAUAUUGUCA